AUGGAAAAUUACAUUUAUUAUACAACGAUGGGAGGUAAAGCAAAGAUUAAAACUGAUGUGGUACCACACAAGUUUGACUGUCAAUCUAAUCGUAAAAGACAAGGCACUACAACGGUUCUUAGAACAGCUGCAGAAAAACGACGGAGACAACCAAUCAUUCAAGAAAUUUUAAAUGAAUCUUCAGAUAAUAUGGAAAUUGGUAGUCCUCCAGAACCAAACAUUGAUGCCGUACCAGCCAGUACUGUUAAAAAUAUUGGAGUAGAUUUUGCUCUUUCAAAUGAAACACCUGGCCAAAAGGUCACUGUUGAAACACAAACUAAUAUUAACCACCGUACUGUUGCUGUACAAGUAAAUAGUAGUUCUAAGUAUCGUAGCGUAUCAGUUCAAUGUAAAAUUUUAUCAAUCGGAAUCGAUGAAUCCUGCUCACCAAUUAAAACUGGUAGCAUAAGUACUGCAACAUCUCCAAUAAAACCAUUGCGUCAAAAAUUGAAUCCAAAUUUAUUGGAAGAUACUCAGAAAAGUUUGUCAUCUAGCAGUUGUACAAAUUCAAAUAGUUCACAAGAUAUUUAUGAACCUUCCGAAAAUACCGGUUCAAGUACUAUGGAUUCUAGCAGCCUUCAAUCUCCUGUGAAAAAAUUUGAAAUUUUGAAAGUCACAAAUUACUUAAUUAACGAUAAUUUAAAAGCGUAUACUGGUGUACUCAAGAAUGAAAUGUGGUGCUAGAACGUAUUAGUAUAAUAUCUAAUAUUGAUAUUACUAAUAUAAAAUUAUCUUUGAUGAAAAUACGACGCCAAGAUACUUUGGAAAGAUUAAGGGCCCCCGCAGACUGCAGACUUUUUAUCGGCCGAUAGUUUGGUCGGUUUCUUAAUCAGUAUGGAGAGGAAUGCAUAUGCGCACACUACAGCGAUUCAGUAUCGGCCGAUAAAAAAGUUUGAUGGGCUACUCGAUUACAUUCAAACUAAUCUGUCGGCCAACUGUCGGCCGACUGUUUAAUCAGUAUUGGCGCAUACACGCCUGCGCAUACACGACGAUUGUUUAGUCGGCCGAUAGUUCAGUUCGCUCUGUGAUUUGGCGUCGUGUGCUUCUAUUCAAUAUGGCUUCGCCCAAAUCACAAUUGUUGAUUAUAGAAAGUUCCGUCGAAAACUUAAUUGAAGAAGUCGAGAAAAGACCUGCGCUUUAUAAAAAAAGUUUAAAGGAGUACUCCGACGCGAAUAUGAAGAAAAAACUGUGGGAGGAAGUUUGCGAAGCAGUUGUUGUUGAUUGGAAUUCGCUUAGCGCUGAGGAGAAAACAAACAAAGGUCGUGAUGUGCAAAAAAAUGGGCUAAUUUAAGGACUUGCUUUCGUCGCGAAUUAAACGCUCAAAAGAACACUAAGUCGGGGCAAGCUGCGAAUAAAAGGCGUAAAUAUGUCUACUUUGAACAGUUAUUAUUUUUACUUCCAUGCAUGGAAAACCGACUUACUGAAGGUAACCUGGAAGAGGAAAAUUUUCUAUCAAAUGAUGAGCAUGAUGAUCAAGCUGGUUCAUCCACUCCCACCCCUAUUCGUCAGCGGAAAAAGAGACCUAAUGUACCGAAGCAGACGGACGUGGAUGAAGCAUUAUUAAAGGCAUUAAAUGAGCCUAAUACUGAUGAAGAUGUGAACUUCGCUUUGUCACUGGUCCCUUCACUCCAAAGUUUAACCGCAGAAGAAAAACUUGAUGCUAAAAUAAGUAUUCUUAACGUUUUUAAACAGAUAAGAUCAGCUAGGUGCGCUCAGUCUCCGCCAACAUGUACGUACAACAGAGUUCAGCAACCCUUGUACCCUUUUCCAAUUUCGCAACCGACAACCAUUCGAAACAUUUCAUCACCUGGCAACUCCAACGAUACAGCCCAGUCUUAUUAUUCAAAUUUUUCAGAUGAAUCGCAAAUAUAUGACUUGUAAAUAUUUUCCGAAUUUUGUAAUAUUAUUCUAAUAAAAAUAGUUGAAAAGUA